GCGCUAGAGCGCCCGCCGCCGGCGACCGUAAAAGGCUGGAGCACGCGGGGUAGGUGUGGCUCUGCCCGCGUGACCUGAGACCCCGUCCCGGUCGCCGUCACCUCCCGUAGCUGUGGCCUCUCAGCCAUGGGCACCGUCUGGUCCGCCGUGCUUGUCGGAGGAGGCCUGGCUGGAGCGCUUUUCGUCUGGCUGCUGCGGGGCGGCGCGGAGGACACGGGGAAUGGGGACGCGGAGCAGAAAAAGGACGCCCCUGUUGGAGAGGCUACCGCACCGGGAAGCGAUCAAGGUGGCGGCGGGGGACUGAGCCCUGGACCUUCCAGACGGGAACCAGUCACCAAACCAGAUCUUCAAGAAAGCAAUGGAUGUUUGAUUUCAGAGACCAAAGACCUUGGUAACCUGAAGGAAGCAGCAUGGAUACUACAGAGUUCUUCUGGAGAAGAUGGUAACUGUGACCACUCAAGACAGCAUGUUCCUUCUGGACGGUUUCCAGACACAGAAUCUCUAGCUCCUUCUGAGAUUGGUAUUUCUAGGGGUUACUCUGAAGUUUCAAGAAAUGAAAGCCCCCCAAAAGGACAAGAGACAUCUGCUAAGGUAGCUACAUGUUUUGCAGGGAAGUUGGCUUCAAGCAACCUGAUCAUGGACAGAGCUAAAGAAGAAGUGAGCCUUGCACGGUUGGACAGUCAAGACCCAGAUGACCACGGGGACUGGGAAAUGUUGUCCAGGCACUCAUCUUGGGGAGAUGUUGGUUUGAGUGGCAGUCUUGAGGCUCCAAUGUUAGGCCCAAACCAGGGAAUGGACUGUGGCAGAAGUACUGUUGCAGAAGCAAGAGGUCAGGAAGUGAAUAUGAAAACUCAAAAGGUAGUACCGAUGUCUUCAGAGUCUCAGCAAGUUAAUGUCAGGUUCCAGGUCCACUAUAUCACAAACACUGAUGUGCAGUUCAUUGCAGUAACUGGAGACCAUGAGAAUCUCGGAAGAUGGAAUACAUACAUCCCACUCCAGAAUAGCAAGGAAGGAUUCUGGUCUCAUUCUGUUUCCCUGCCAGCGGAUACAGUGGUGGAGUGGAAGUUUGUGGUAGUAGAGAAUGGGGAGGUUACCCGCUGGGAAGAAUGCAGCAACAGGUUCCUACAGACUGGCCAUGAGGAUAAAGUGGUUCAAGAGUGGUGGGGGUUUCACUGAUUCGGGUUGCUAAGUAUUGAAGAGGCUAAUACAGAAUGGGGAAGAGGCUAAGUUUGUGGAGCACACUGAAUAAUUUAAAAUAAGAUAAAGAAGUGUGACUCCAAAUUUAGGGUUGCUUCAAAUUUGUUAGUGGCUUUUGUCUAAAGUGCAGAAAUAAAUGUGUAGAUGAUGCUUCUAGUAAGCAUGGGCUUUUUCCUAUGGCACUGAUUGAUGGAUUUGUGCUGAUCCAUCAUUACUUUAGGUGAGUACUGGUUAGUGACUUGGCUAAGCUUCAAGGUGCAGAUUGUGGUCAUGAAGCAUAGACAGAGCAGAGUUCAAGCUUGAGCCUUAAUGUGAUUCUUACACCAAAGGAGUAAAACAUGCUUCCUUCAUAGAUCAGCUGAUUUCCUAUUGGCACAGCUGGUGAAACCCUCUCUUUACUACAUGCAUAUUUUAUAUUUAAAAAUAGUUAACACCAUAUGGAACUGUCAUCAGAAAUUAUCUGGUCCCUGGAUGUGAUUAGAAGAGUAUGAGGUAGUGCCUUCUUUUUGAUUCUACCUGCCAGGAAUGGUUUUGAAGGCAGAACCUGUGUCUUUGUCUUAAUGCUUUAAGGCUGGUGUAGAAACCAAGGGCCUAAACAGAGUUAGUUAUUAGAGCAGCCCAUGAGGGAAGGGAACAUGAAUGGGGUGAAGGGUGUGGGCUGAGUGAGGUGGCCUCAAUGACACCUCUUAGAGGCUUGGGAGGUACAGGAUCAGCCUGGACUCCAGGGAGGGACACAUCCAUCAUUUAUACAUGGGGUCCUUUGUAGGAUCCACUCUUUACCCACCACCCCUCCCCACUCACACUAGAUGUUAACUGAACUCCCAUAGCAACUGUUUCCAUCCUUCACUCGCUUCUCUCUCCUCUCAUACCAAUAGCUCUCUUGGGUUAACAAAUUCAUAGCAGGACAGUAAGUAAUACAGAAAUAUAUCUUUGCUCUGAGAAGAAAUAAACAUUUAAACUCUAAGUUAUUAUAACUGAAUAAAUAAUAAAACCUAAGUUUUAAUAUCUUUA